AUGAGGGGCCGGCGGGGCAGGCCGCCCAAGCAGCCCGCGGCGCCCGCGGCGGAGCGCUGCGCCCCGGCCCCGGCCCCGGCCCCGCCGCCGCCGCCGCCCCCGCCGCCGCCGCCGCCGCCCGCGUCCGGACCCAUCGGGGGCCUGCGCUCGCGGCACCGAGGCAGCAGCCGGGGCAGGUGGGCCGCCGCCCAGGCUGAGGUGGCGCCCAAGACGCGGCUGAGCUCGCCCCGGGGGGGCGGCAGCGGCCGGAGGAAGCCGCCGCCGCCGCCGCCGCCGCCGGCCCCCCCCAGCACCGGCGCCCCGGGCCGGGGGGGGCGAGGAGGCGGGGGCGGCAGGACGGGGGGCGGCGGCGGCGGCGGCGGCGGCCACCUGGCCCGGACCACCCCGGCCCGGCGCGCCGUCAACAAAGUGGUGUACGAUGACCACGAGAGCGAGGAGGACGAGGAGGAGGACAUGGUCUCGGAGGAGGACGAGGAGGAGGAAGAGGAGGAAGGCGACGCCGACGAGACCCAGGACUCGGAGGAAGACGACGAGGAGGAGAUGGAGGAGGACGAGGACGACUCCGAUUAUCCGGAGGAGAUGGAAGAUGACGACGACGACGCCAGCUACUGCACGGAGAGCAGCUUCAGGAGUCACAGCACCUACAGCAGCACUCCAGGUAGACGAAAACCGAGAGUACAUCGACCUCGUUCUCCAAUAUUGGAGGAAAAGGACAUCCCCCCCCUCGAAUUUCCCAAGUCCUCUGAGGAUUUAAUGGUGCCUAAUGAGCAUAUAAUGAAUGUUAUUGCCAUUUAUGAGGUACUGCGGAACUUUGGCACUGUUUUAAGACUGUCUCCUUUUCGCUUUGAGGACUUCUGCGCAGCUCUGGUAAGCCAGGAGCAGUGCACGCUCAUGGCGGAGAUGCACGUGGUGUUGUUGAAAGCCGUGCUGCGUGAGGAAGACACUUCCAAUACUACCUUUGGGCCUGCGGAUCUGAAAGACAGUGUCAACUCCACCCUGUAUUUCAUAGACGGAAUGACCUGGCCGGAGGUGCUGCGGGUGUACUGCGAGAGCGACAGGGAGUACCACCACGUUCUGCCCUACCAGGAGGCGGAGGACUACCCCUAUGGACCCGUGGAGAACAAAAUCAAAGUUCUGCAGUUUUUAGUCGAUCAGUUUCUUACGACAAACAUUGCUCGUGAGGAGUUGAUGUCGGAAGGGGUGAUCCAGUAUGACGACCACUGUAGGGUGUGUCACAAACUUGGGGACCUGCUUUGCUGUGAGACGUGUUCAGCUGUCUACCAUUUGGAAUGUGUGAAGCCCCCUCUUGAGGAGGUGCCAGAGGACGAGUGGCAGUGUGAAGUGUGCGUCGCACACAAGGUGCCUGGCGUGACUGACUGUGUGGCUGAAAUCCAAAAGAACAAACCGUACAUUCGACAUGAGCCUAUUGGAUAUGAUCGAAGUCGGAGGAAAUACUGGUUCUUAAACCGAAGACUCAUAAUAGAAGAAGAUACGGAAAAUGAAAACGAAAAGAAAAUUUGGUACUACAGCACAAAGGUUCAACUUGCAGAAUUAAUAGACUGCCUAGACAAAGAUUACUGGGAAGCAGAACUUUGCAAAACUCUAGAAGAAAUGCGUGAGGAAAUCCACCGGCACAUGGACAUAACGGAAGACCUGACCAAUAAGGCUCGGGGCAGUAACAAGUCCUUUCUAGCAGCAGCUAAUGAAGAAAUUUUGGACUCAAUAAGAGCCAAAAAAGGAGACACCGAUAAUGAUAAAAGCCCAGAAGAAGUAGAAAAAGACAAGAAUGAAACUGAGAAUAACAACUGUAAAGAGGCCGAGCCAAGCAGAGAGGAGUUUGAAGAUCAGUCCUGUGAAAAAGAGACCGAUGGCAGAGCAUCGGAUGACAGUCGGGAGCCAGGCAAAUCAGAGGAGCCAACAGAAGUUGGGGAUAAAGGUAACUCUGUGUCAGCAAAUCUUGGCGACAACACAACAAACGCUUCUUCCGAAGAGACUAGUCCCUGUGAAGGGAGGAGCCCCGAGGGGUGUCUCUCAGAAACCCAUGAUAGCAGCAACAUGGCAGAGAAGAAGGUGGCAUCCGAGCUCCCCCAGGAUGUGCCAGAAGACUCUCACAAGCCAUGUGACAGCAGUAAGACUAGUGCUCCCACCUCCUCCGUGCAGCCCAAUGUGGAAAACAGUAACAGCAGCAGUGAGCUCAAUUCUUCCCCGAGUGACUCUGCUCAGGCCGCUGAUGACCCUGAAAACGGAGAAAGAGAGUCCCAUACACCUGUCUCUAUUCAAGAAGAGAUAGGUGAUUUCAGACUAGAGAAGUCUAAUGGGGAGGUGGCUGAGUCCCCUGGUGCUGGAAGAGGAGCAUCCGGCUCAACUCGGAUCAUCACCAGGUUGCGGAAUCCUGACAGCAAACUAAGUCAGCUGAAGAACCAGCAGGUGGCAGCUGCAGCCCAUGAAGCCAAUAAACAGUUCAAGGAGGGCAAAGAGGUACUGGUAGUUAACUCUCAAGGAGAAAUUUCACGGUUGAGCACCAAGAAGGAAGUGGUCAUGAAAGGAAAUAUCAACAAUUAUUUUAAAUUGGGUCAAGAAGGGAAGUAUAGAGUCUACCACAAUCAGUACUCCACCAAUUCAUUUGCUUUGAAUAAACACCAGCACCGGGAAGAUCAUGAUAAGAGAAGACAUCUUGCACAUAAAUUCUGCCUGACUCCAGCUGGAGAGUUCAAAUGGAAUGGCUCUGUCCAUGGGUCCAAAGUUCUUACCAUAUCUACUCUGAGACUGACCAUCACCCAGCUCGAAAGCAACAUCCCUUCUUCCUUUCUUCAUCCCAAUUGGGCUUCACACAGGGCAAAUUGGAUCAAGGCAGUUCAGAUGUGUAGCAAACCCAGAGAGUUUGCAUUGGCAUUGGCUAUUUUGGAGUGUGCAGUCAAACCAGUUGUGAUGCUCCCAAUAUGGCGGGAAUCUUUAGGACACACCAGGUUACACAGGAUGACAUCCAUUGAGAGAGAAGAGAAGGAGAAAGUGAAGAAGAAGGAGAAGAAGCAGGAAGAGGAAGAAACAAUGCAGCAGGCCACAUGGGUGAAGUACACAUUCCCUGUCAAACACCAGGUGUGGAAACAGAAAGGAGAGGAAUACAGAGUAACAGGAUACGGUGGUUGGAGCUGGAUUAGUAAAACUCAUGUUUAUAGGUUUGUUCCUAAAUUGCCAGGCAAUACUAAUGUGAAUUACAGAAAGCCAUUAGAAGGAAUGAAAAAUAAUGUAGAUGAAAAUAUGGAUGAAUCAGAUAAACAAAAAGGUCUACAAAGUCCCAAAAAAAUAAAAACAGAAUCUGAUUGUGAAAAAAAAGAUACUGCCAAAGGAGCAGGCCAGAGUGAAGUGGAUAUGUCAAAGACUACUGAGAAGAAGGAAGAAGAUGUGAAAGAGCUAUUGGAUUCUGAGAAUGAUAAGUCCUUCAAGGAAGAAGCAAUGGAGGUGGAUCAGGAGGAGGUGAAAGCGGAGUCGCAUGUGAACUGCCAGGAAAGCUCCCCCGUCGAUGUGGUCAAUGUCAGUGAGGGCUUUCACCUAAGGACUUGUUACAAAAAGAAAACCAAAUCAUCUAAACUAGAUGGGCUUCUUGAAAGGCGAAUUAAGCAGUUCACGAUGGAAGAAAAACAGCGCCUGGAAAAGAUGAAGUUGGAGGGUGGAAUUAAGGGUUCUGGAAAGUCUUCUACAACUUCCUUGAGAGAUCUCUCUGAUUCACCCAUCACAACCAAAGCAAAAGAAGGGUGUCAAAAUGACUUGCUGAGAGACGAACCAAGCCCAGCUGUAAAUAAUGAGAAGUGUGAGGAGUCAAUUCAGGGAUGUUCACAAAGUGAUUCCUCAGCUCUGGGCAUCAGUGAUUCUAGUCUUACCCCAAGCAAACCUUAUUCAAAACGCCGCCUGUUAGAUGAUGUCUCCAUUCGGACUCUGGGGACAAAUUACCAGAAACAAAACUCGGUUGACAAUGACGUAGAUGAGAGUCUGUCUGAAAGCACCAGUCAAGGACAGGAACUCAGCAAAAGCAAAACAAAAGGAGGUGCUCUUUUCGUCGAUGUCUCUAAACCAGCCAGAACAGAUGAUAGUGGUACUUUGAGAUUUAAGACCAGAAAACCACUCCUAGAGGAAGAGAAUGACAACUUUAUUUCUUCUUCUGAGACUGCUUUACUCCCAUCAGGACCUAAAAAUGCCAGCAACAGAGAUGCCCCAUCACUCUCAAAAGCAAUGGACUUCGACGGGAAACUAGUAUGUGAUGAAUAUAAUAACAGCACUUUGGAAAAUAGUUCUGAUACUAUGUCUAUUCAGGAUAGUAGUGAAGAAGAUAUGGUUGUUCAGAAUAGCGGUGAAAGUAUUUCUGAACAGUUCCUAACUCCAGAACAAGAUAUUGAAAGCUCAGAGCCAUUGAGAUGUGAAUUUGUUUCGAAGUCCACUGGAAACUGUGAUGACAGGCUACAGGGCAAGGUAACAGAAGCAAAUGGGAAAAAAACAAGCCAGCAGCAGAGCUCAGAGGAGAGACCAAUGAACAAAUGUGCCGACCAAGCAAACCUCAAAAAUAUCACGGAUAAAAGGAAUAGUGAAAAUCGAGAAUCUGAAAGGAAAGGACCGAAGAGCACCUUUCAAAUAAAUGGAAAAGAUAAGAAAGCAAAGAUAUAUUCAAAAGGUGACUGCUUGAAGGAAAUCCCCGAAAGUAAAGUAGUGAGUGGUAAUGUUGAAUCCAGAGUUAAUAACGUAAAUAAAAUAAUCCCUGAAAAUGAUAUUAAGCCUUUGACUGUUAAAGAACCUUCUAUGAAGCCUUUCAUUAAUGGUGAUGUCAUCAUGGAAGAGCUGAACGAAAAAAACAAUUCAGAGACCAAUUCACGUGUACCAAGUUCCUCAGAUGCGGAAGGUAAUUACCAAGAUAGCCUCAAGAGCCUGCCCUCAACCAAAGAGUCUGACAGCACGCAGAUGACGCCUCCGUCCUCUUGUCCAGAAAGCAAUUCCUUUAAUCAGGUAGAAGAUAUGGAAGUGGAAACUCCAGAAGUGAAGAAGCUUACUCCGUCCUCUGUCACCUCGGGAGAGGAGUCCAGCCUUAGUAAUGAUUUCACGGAUGAAAACGGGUUGCCCACCCACAAAGCCGAAAACAUCAAUGGAGAUUCCAAAAGGAAAACAGUCAUCACGGAAGUUACCACAAUGACAUCCACGGUUGCCACGGAAUCGAAGACUGUGAUCAAGGUAGCAAAAGGCGAUAAGCAAACUGUGGUGUCGUCCACCGAAAAUUGUGCCAAAUCCACGGUCACUACCACCACCACAACAGUCACCAAACUGUCUACACCCUCCACAGACAGCACUGAGGACAUCAUCUCUGUUAAGGAGCAGAGCAAAACCGUGGUCACCACGACCGUGACGGACUCCCUGACCACCGCAGGAGGUACACUGGUGACAUCCAUGACUGUCAGCAAAGAGUAUUCCACGAGGGACAAGGUGAAACUGAUGAAGUUUUCCAGACCGAAGAAGGCUCGCUCAGGUACAGCUCUGCCAUCCUACAGGAAGUUUAUCACCAAGAGCAGCAAGAAGAGCAUAUUUGUCUUGCCUAACGAUGACUUAAAAAAGUUAGCCAGAAAAGGAGGAAUUCGAGAAGUCCCUUACUUUAAUUAUAAUGCGAAACCUGCCUUGGAUAUAUGGCCGUAUCCUUCUCCUAGACCAACCUUUGGAAUCACUUGGAGAUACAGGCUUCAGACUGUGAAGUCCCUGGCUGGAGUGAGCCUGAUGUUACGGUUACUGUGGGCCAGCCUGAGAUGGGACGACAUGGCAGCCAAGGCUCCUCCAGGAGGAGGGACCACACGGACAGAAACAUCUGAAACUGAAAUCACAACCACAGAAAUAAUUAAGAGGCGGGAUGUUGGUCCUUAUGGCAUUCGUUCUGAAUACUGUAUCAGGAAAAUCAUUUGUCCCAUUGGAGUUCCAGAAGCACCAAAAGAAACACCUACACCUCAGAGGAAAGGCCUUCGAUCAAGUGCACUGCGGCCAAAGAGACCAGAAACACCUAAGCAAACUGGCCCUGUUAUUAUUGAAACCUGGGUAGCAGAGGAAGAAUUAGAACUCUGGGAAAUCAGGGCCUUUGCUGAGAGAGUGGAGAAAGAAAAGGCCCAAGCAGUUGAACAACAGGCUAAGAAACGACUGGAACAACAGAAGCCUACAGUCAUUGCCGCUUCUACUACAUCCUCACCAAACAGUACAACCAGCACCGUCUCUCCAGCCCAGAAAGUUAUGGUGGCCCCCAUAAGUGGUUCAGUUACCCCUGGUACAAAGAUGGUACUAACUACCAAAGUGGGCUCUCCAGCGACAGUCACAUUCCAGCAAAACAAGAACUUCCACCAGACCUUCGCCACCUGGGUUAAACAAGGCCAGUCAAAUUCAGGUGUUGUUCAGGUGCAGCAGAAAGUCCUGGGUAUCAUUCCAUCGAGUACAGGUACAAGUCAGCAGACGUUUACUUCAUUCCAGCCAAGGACUGCAACCGUCACAAUUAGACCUAAUACCUCAGGCUCAGGAGGAACCACCAGCCCAUCACAAGUAAUCACAGGACCUCAGAUUCGACCUGGUAUGACUGUGAUUAGAACACCACUCCAACAAUCAACACUUGGAAAGGCAAUUAUUCGAACACCAGUGAUGGUACAGCCAGGUGCUCCUCAGCAAGUGGUGACUCAGAUCAUCCGAGGGCAGCCAGUUUCCACUGCCAUCUCUGCCCCAAGUACAGCAUCCUCGACCCCUGGGCAGAAAAGCAUAACUUCAGGAGCAGCCAGCACCAGUCUACAGUCUUCCGCGUCCCCGGCCCCCCGCCCCCAGCAAGGGCAGGUGAAGCUUACCAUGGCUCAGCUGACCCAGUUAACGCAGGGCCACGGUGGCAACCAAGGUUUGACCGUGGUAAUUCAAGGACAAGGUCAGACUACUGGACAGUUGCAGUUGAUACCUCAAGGGGUGACUAUACUGCCAGGCCCAGGGCAGCAGCUCAUGCAGGCUGCUAUGCCAAAUGGUACUGUGCAGCGAUUCCUCUUUACCCCCUUGGCAACAACAACCACCACAGCCAGCACCAGCACCACCACUGUUUCCACUACAGCAGGCUCGGGUGAACAAAAACAGGGUAAAUUGUCACCCCAGGCCCAGGUGCAGCCAGCCAAAACACUGCCACCAGCUCCGUCUUCAAGUGUGAGUCCUGCAGAGGCCCAGCCACAGACUGCUCAGCCUUCAGCACAGCCCCAGCCCCAGUCCUACCCCCAGCCCCAGUCCCCAACACAGCCUGAAGUUCAGGACCAGCCUGAAGUCCAGCCCCAGACAGCUGUUUCAUCCCAUGUCCCUUCUGAAGCACAACCCGCCCAAGCACAGUCAUCCAGACCCCAAGUUGCAGCACAGUGUCAGCCUCAGACUAAUGUUCAAGGACAGUCUCCUGUUCGUGUCCAGAGUCCACCACAGACUCGAAUACGUCCAUCAACUCCAUCCCAGGUGUCUCCUGGACAGCAGUCCCAAGUUCAGACUUCAGCCUCACAACCGAUUCCAAUUCAGCCACACACAUCUCUUCCGAUACCUUCCCAAGGCCAGCCACAGUCACAACCCCAGGUACAGUCUUCAACUCAAACUCUUUCAGCAGGACAAACGUUAAGUCAAGUUACUGUUUCAUCCCCCUCCUGUCCUCAGCUACAAAUUCCGCAGCCACAGCCCCAAGUCAUUGCUGUACCUCAGCUGCAACAACAAGUCCAGGUUCUCUCUCAGAUCCAGCCGCAGGUUGUGGCUCAGAUACAGGCCCAGCAAGGUGGUGUGCCCCAGCAGAUCAAACUCCAGUUACCCAUUCAAAUUCAGCAAAGCAGUGCUGUGCAGCCUCACCAGAUUCAGAAUGUGGUUACAGUGCAGGCAGCCAGUGUACAAGAGCAGUUGCAGAGGGCUCAGCAACUCAGGGAUCAGCAGCAAAAGAAGAAGCAGCAACAGAUAGAGAUUAAGCGCGAACACACCCUCCAAGCUUCUAACCAAAGUGAAGUCAUUCAGAAACAGGUGGUGAUGAAGCAUAAUGCUGUAAUAGAACACUUAAAACAGAAAAAGCCCAUGACUCCCGCUGAAAGAGAAGAGAACCAAAGAAUGAUUGUCUGUAACCAGGUGAUGAAGUAUAUUUUGGAUAAGAUAGAUAAAGAAGAAAAACAGGCUGCGAAAAAACGGAAACGGGAGGAGAGUGUGGAACAGAAGCGGAGCAAGCAGAAUGCUAGCAAGCUGUCUGCUCUGCUCUUCAAACACAAAGAGCAGCUCAAAGCAGAAAUCCUCAAAAAGCGAGCACUCCUGGACAAAGACCUGCAAAUCGAGGUGCAGGAAGAGCUGAGGAGAGACCUGAAAAUGAAGAAGGAGAAGGACAUGGCGCAGGUGGCGCAGGCCAGUGCAGUAGCGGCCCCCUCACCCCCUGUGGCGGCGGCCGCGCCACCCCCCACAGCCCCUCCGCCCUCGCCUCCUGCUGUCCCCGGUCUGCAGCCCCCGCGCCUCCCGGUGCCCCCGCCCGCGGCUUCCCAGAAGAGGAAGCGGGAGGAGGACAAAGACUCAAACUCAAAGUCCAAGAAAAAGAAAGUGAUCUCUACUACCUCAAAGGAAACUAAGAAGGACACAAAGCUUUAUUGUAUCUGUAAAACGCCUUAUGAUGAAUCUAAAUUUUACAUUGGCUGUGAUCGGUGUCAGAACUGGUACCAUGGGCGUUGCGUUGGCAUCUUGCAGAGUGAGGCAGAGCUCAUUGAUGAGUAUGUCUGUCCGCAGUGCCAGUCCACGGAAGAUGCCAUGACCGUGCUCACGCCGCUGACAGAGAAAGAUUAUGAGGGCUUGAAGCGGGUGCUCCGCUCCCUGCAGGCCCAUAAGAUGGCUUGGCCUUUCCUUGAACCAGUAGACCCUAAUGAUGCACCAGAUUAUUAUCGUGUGAUUAAGGAGCCGAUGGACCUUGCCACCAUGGAAGAAAGAGUACAGAGACGGUAUUAUGAAAAGCUGACCGAAUUUGUGGCAGACAUGACCAAAAUUUUUGAUAAUUGCCGUUACUACAAUCCUAGUGACUCCCCUUUUUACCAAUGUGCAGAAGUUCUGGAAUCAUUCUUUGUGCAGAAGUUGAAAGGAUUCAAGGCCAGCAGGUCUCAUAACAACAAACUGCAGUCUUCAGCUUCUUAAAGUUCAGCACGUUAACCUAACGUAAAACUCAGCAAGAAUCUGGUUGUCUGAACUAUUUGAAAUUAAGAAGCCAGAUGUUUUUAGUCAGGUUAUCCUGAUGAGACAUGAGCUACACUUCGUUUUUAUUGGUCCUAACAGUCCAAUUAUAUUCUUGGCCAAUUUUGUCCAACGGACAAGGGAAAAACAAAGUCAACGACACCAUUAUCUUGUCAAGAUCAAAUGGUUUUACUAUUGUGGCAGAAGCGGGAAAACUUUGUUUAUUGAAAAAAAAAAAAAAAGAAAAAGAAAAAGCAAGAAAAAAUAAAUAAAAGACUAUGGGGUCCCGUGAAAGUCCACGGAUGCUGCGGCCGCUCUUCAGUGAAGAAGCUGGUUUAGUCAGUCCCACAGAAAACUUUUGACUGUAUUUAUUUAUUGUUGCAAAAAAGACGCUUUUUUAUUGCUGCCCUCAUUUGUCAGCUAAUUAUUUUUUCUUAUAAAAUCCAGCCCUGGUUCCACGCGACCCAUUCUGUAUCUUAUCAUGACUCCUGUAGGUGAAGUUCCAACGACCUCUAGAUGUCUUUUCUUUCUAUGAAAGGAGCUGCUAUGUACACAUGUGCACACACACCUGGGAAUCAACAAUGAGUUACUGUUCAUGGUAGACACAAAUUAAGCUCGAUGAGAGGUUGGGCUGAGUAGUCCUGGACUACAGACUGACUCCUUGAGCACACCAUUACAGUCCGCCAUUUACUCCGCACCAGGCUAAAAGGAGCAAAAUCUAUUUGAAGGUAUCUUGUUUGUAAACAUUUGUCAGAUUCUAAUUUUUUUCUUUUUGUAUUAAAAUUCAACUAUGGAUGUAUAUGAAUGGAAAUAAAUGGAGAUACUUUUUCUCCCACAGAUGGAGGUGUCUUUGUGCGCUCAUGAGGAUCUGUGAGCCUUUGCGGGGAGGGGGCCAUAUCAUGAGAGGCAGAGGUUCCAGUGAGACCUGGGUGUCUCCGGGACAGGGGUGACCCCCGUUAGGAUUCCCAGUCCACUGUGGGCAUGUGACGGAAAGUCUGCAGGGUGCUAAUCCCUUUCCUCAGUUGACCAUACCCAUGAGAAAGGCCUUUGUCUGUUCUCUGAGAUUCCAGGCGAUGGCUGGUUCCAGACAGCUAAUACUUAGAGUGCAGGAAGGGCAUCUUUACGUACCCUUACCCUCUGUCAUUGGUUGUUGGUUGGUUGGGGGUUUGUUCCUUUGUUUCUUGUCUGUCUGCUCCACAUCAGGAAAAGUAGCAUAAGCUUUGGGAAAACGGGAAAGCAGGGGAGGAAGGUGUAUUAUUCUGCUUGUGUUUCCUGUCAGUGUGUGAUCCUUCUACACCAUUCUUCCUGUGCGCUGAGAACCGCUUCUCACAUCUGCCACAGUUGAAUUAGGCAGCUUUGCAAGGAUUUUUCUAGCGUUUUGCACAACUAGCUUUGUCCUUACCAUGUCCUGGAAGUUGCCUACUUUUUGCUUUUUCAAGUUUCCUUCUGUUCAGUGUUGUCUUGCUAUGCAAAACCUUUCCCAGCCAGUAGCUUCUUCAGAGUAAGCUGCUGCUGCAGUUCAUCCCUCCCUCCUCCAGGCUCAGGUGCACAGGUUUUUCUGCAGUCAUUUUAUUCCCCCUGUACACGAAGAUGUCACAUCAACUCAGUGUAGAAACCUGGAAGCAAAGUUUUUGCCUAAAAUAUUAAGAUGAAAGUAGUUAAAUACAGGUUAUUUGGUCCUUUUAGUUUUUGUGUGUGUGUGUGUGUGUUUUGUUUUGUUUUUUUUUUUAAUGUUACAUGUUGUAUGCACUGGGCCGAUGCAAGAAUUCUACGUUUGAAUGAAUUACACAAUUAUUCGGCAAGUCAUCACAUCACAGUAUUUCUGUACUAUUUAUUCACUUAAAAUUAGGUUGCUAUGUGUUUAACAAAUUGUGGCAAAACGAAACAGCAAUUCUUUUUGUACGUAAUAGGACAUUUCAUCUUAGGAGAAUAAAGUACUGGUUCUGACAUUG